CAGUUUGAGUCUGGUCUCUUAGCAUAAAUACUAGGACACUGUCAUUUGGCUCCUUUUAUCCAUGCACAAGCACAGUGCUGCACAGAGAUCUUAGGAAUCAAGAACGAUCUGGACCAGUGGGUUCUGGACAAAAUGCAGAAGGAAACCAAGACUAAAAUCUUGUUUUUUGUGAUCAUGGUGGGCUCAGUGUGCAUGUUAACGGCGGUGGUGACAGACCACUGGGCCGUGUUGAGUCAUCGAGUGGAGAACGUAAACACAACAUGUGAGGCAGCCCACUUUGGCCUUUGGAGACUUUGUAAGAAACACAUCUAUAUUGAGGAUGAGGAAUUAAUUGGUAAAGGUUGCGGACCCAUCAGCUUACCGGGGGAAAUGAACUGCUCUUACUUCAGACACUUCACACCAGGGGAAGAUUCUGAGAUCUUUGAAGUUAAAACUCAGAGAGAAUACAACAUCUCAGCAGCUGCCAUAGCCAUCUUCAGUCUUGUCUUCAUGAUUCUGGGCACAUUGUGUGUGUUGGGUUCCCUCAGAAAGGGAAAGGACUAUCUGUACAAGCCUGCUGGCAUGUUCUUUGCUUUUGCAGGUCUGUGUGCCAUCAUCUCAGUAGAGGUAAUGCGUCAGUCAGUCAAGAGGAUGAUAGAAAGUGAGGAGACUAUCUGGAUCGAGUAUUACUAUUCUUGGUCUUUUGCGUGUGCAUGCACGGGUUUUGUCCUGCUCCUCCUCAGUGGAAUUGGUCUGUUGCUGGUCUCCAUGCCACAGAUGCCUAGAAAUCCCUGGGAAACCUGCAUGGACGCUGAGCCUGAACAAAUAUAGAGCAGGAAUUCCAGAUGCCAGCAGGUAAAGCACUGUCUCAAAUAUACAGUAUAUAGACCUCUUUGAUACAAUGUCAGAGAUUGACAAGCAGAGGUCAUAAAAUUCGCUCAGUAGCUUCCUUUCUCCCCCUUGCGAACUGGCUUCGAAGAAUAUAGGUGUGAAACACACCCCUUUUACUGUACAUCCAACCAUGCCAGCAAGAAGCCAAGCUUUUUUUAAUCUUUAUAUUAUUAUUAUUUACAUAUGUAAUAUUUAACAUCCUAAUUUAUAAAAUCUUUGAGAUGUAAUAUGAAGAGUGCAGCUGCCAUUAUGUAGCUGGAACUUUCGUGUAAUAAUGCUGUACAUUAACAGACAUACAUGGAACGUUUAAGACAAUGGGAUGGUUUAAAUGGAGAAGUGAUUUUUAGCGUGAAGGACUGAAAAAUUAUUAACAUCUGACUAGCAUAUGUUCAGAUGCUGAUGUAACUGGAAAAGUUCAUCUGCACUAAUUUGUCAGUGGUGCAGUGCAGUGGUGUAAUGCCACAAGAUUUUGCUCCAGAAAGCAUAAUUAAUAUCCUGUAAAUGGAUUUGUUUUAUUUUAUUUUUUAAGAUGUGUGAAUACUACUUUGGUUUUGUGCUUAAUAAAUCAAAUUUUAUUGGUAGCCAUUUCAACAAGCGUUCUCUUUUGCCUGGGCACAGUGAUGCUCUCAAAUGCCCUGAGCAGAAUGCAAAUGUUUGGUCUGCUGUGGUUACUGAAUACUUGGCCAGACAUUUUGGAAUAAAUUCAGAUCUUGCAGGUGCAAAGAAAAUGGCAUCAAUCUCAUUCUUAUGUAAAAAAGUAAAAUUAUUCUGAGACUUUCCAAGUCUACAGCUUCCUGAAAUGCACCCAAAAAACUGUGUUUACAAGCCUGAAAUGUAUAGGAUUUUUCUGUGAUUUAUAAUUUACAACCCUCUCAGAAACUGUGGUCAUUUUUGAGUCUGCACAAAACCGGUUUAUGUAUCCAGCUGUAACCUGUAGAUCAUAAAAAAAUCUUCACCAGAUUUUUGGGUGAUUCACCCUAUGUGUAUAAAAAAAGAUCUUAAAAUCAAAUUUAUUACCUAUUUGAAUUCAUCAGGCUUUUUGACAAUAAAUUAAAUACUACAGAACCUUUUAAACUUAAAGCUCAGUGGGCUUAAAAAGUCUUAUUAGACCUGGUUCCUCAAUAAACUUUUUUAUAAAGUUGGCAACUGGAUUUAGAAAGUGAGGAUUACUGUCACUGACAAACACCAAUAGGGUUUCAGAGCUAUAGCCUUGUUGGCAGCGCUUGGACAACCAAAGUUUGAGAACCUGCUUGCUUGUGGUCCUUUCCUUUUUUUUCUUUCAUCUCCUAUCAAUUCCUGUCAUUGCCAUUUCUGAAAAAAAAAAAAAAUAUGGGUGAACAUACUGACAACAAAUUUUGAGUUUGUAAUGGCAAUGAGAAUUGUCAUUUUACCACAUGCUGAGGCAAAUUCAUAAAAAAAUCAUGUUUAAUUGGACAGAUAAAACUUUGUAAUUAUUAUUUUUUUAUGUUCUUUGCAUGCAGAACAAGAGACCAUGGAUAUUUGGAUUGUGUUAUGCACCCCUACAGAAUAAAUGUAUUUCUGGUAUUACAACCCUAUGUCAUGUAUUUAUAAUAAAAAAGUAAGCUAACUCCCA